UGGGAAUUUCCAACAGCUGAGAAGGCGUCGCUAGCUACGUCUUGCACUUGUCAAAGUUUGGAGCAGGCUCAGGACAAUCACACCAUUGGGAUUCUGACUUGAUGAGUCCGCAUGACCUUGCAUCACUGCACUUGCUGAUUCCAAGGGAUGUAUUAGACACAACGUUUCUUUAACAGAGCGUGAAGCAAAAGCCCAUCCUCACAUCAUCUAAAACGACAUUGGCUGGUGUCUCUGAAAACAAGUCGCUGUUAGAGCCAGGAACAGAGAUGCCCAUAAGAAGACAUCCAUGCAGCUGAACCACAACAACUGACCGUGGCAUCUCUUAGUGUACAGAAUGUGCUGCUGAGUCUCAUUUCCCCUUCACCCUCAUCAACGUUAUUAACGUUGAGUGUGUGCCGGUGCAUACAGAAAAAUUUGGUGCCCCAAAAUGGUGCUUCAAUGUGGCAUCCUUGUGCAGAGUAUGCAAAGAGGGUGAAUCUCUCUCUAAAAAGGCAAACAGCUGACUAUUAGUCUGCUGCAUAAAAUGGAUGCAAAGUUAAAAGAGGACCUCUUUCGAAGGUAUGUGGGGGCACUGGAGCGGCGCCUGGAAGAUGGAGGGGAAAAAUCUGGGAUAGAAAAUUUGCAUGAUGGAGACAAAGGGAGACACAAGGACAGCGAGGCACUACUUUCUACAGCCACUGCACUACUUGGGGCCUAUCAGCCAGAUCCAGGACAACGUUUCCGCAUGGUGCGCUUUUAUGAAGUUGUUGAAAGCUCGCUCCGCUGCCAAAGAGGAGGCAACCUCAGGAGUUUGGAGAGAGCAUUCCACACUCUGGAAACCAUCUGCACCAACCUCUUGCUCUUCCCCUGGAAGAAAGAAUUCAGAUGUAUAAAAACUUUCACUGGCCCAUAUGUGUACCAUCUAAAGUCUGCAAUUUCUGAUGCUGAGCUCCGAUCUCUAAUGCGCAUAAUUGGCUACACCUGUGACCAUGACUCGCAGUUUUAUUUUCAGGAACAUCCAGGCGGCUCGCUUCAUCUCCGCCAGUUGGCUUUCGAGUUCUUCCUGGCCCAGGCAGAGUGUCGUCUUCUGGGAGAGGUAGUGGCUCUGGCCCGUGGUUCCGCAUCAGAGUUGGAGGCGCUGGAACUCCGCAGGGGCUGCAGAGAUGAUGCAGCUGGUUGUGCUGAGGCUCUUCGCAGACGCGACAGCCUUGGGGCAGAUAUGGCUCGCCUGUCUGUGCAGCCUCUGGAUAUAGAGAGGCCUCAUGUUCACCACCUGAGGCGAGGUAGCCGACCGUCAAAGUCUGUGGAUGUGACAGAUGGGGCAGGUCACUGGCACGCAGCAGUUAGCAAACCGAUCUUGAAAGCCUCAUUGAGUCUGAGGAAGGAGCCUCUGUUUGUGGAUGCAGAGGAAGAUAUGAAGGAUGAGAUCAUCAGGCCCAACACCUCAGCAUCUCUAUUCUCUGUGGCAGCACCCCCUUCAUACAGCCCCAUUGCAGAUUUCUUCCCCACGCAGUCACCUCCCCCAGCUGAUGCUUACACAUCCUACCACCUUUCGUCAUUGGAUGAGAUUGACUUGUACACAGAGCGGGGCGGGGCUGGGACGGGUGGAAGGCAAACACCCUCACGACCUCCGUCCAGAGAGCCCCGAGAUGCCCGAGAUGGGUGGCUGCUCAAAGCCCACGGUAGUGUGAAGUGCCAGGGCUGUGGAAUGGGCUGCUCUACGAUGGCCUCUUGCCAGAGGUGUGACAUGAUCCUGUGCACUGCCUGCCAUGAUGUCGACCCCUCUCCUUGCUGUAGCCUGCAGGACUACCACCCCAAAUCCCCACGACCACUGGAUGGAUAUAUUCCUGUUAAGGAAAAGCUUUCUGUCUACUCGAACACACAUUCCCACUCGCAUCUCCAUCCUCACCCUCUCACACUGACCCAUUCUCACACUCAUUCCCACCCUCACCCCCAAAUGGUGGACAAACCUUUACUGUCCACCAAGCUCUUUCCAAGCAAGUCUGUUGCCUUGACUACGCCAAAGGGAGGCAGUAGUGAGCGCAUUAGCAUGGGGGGAUCGCGAUGCGGGUUUUGCAACAAGCCAGGAGCAUCUCACACCUGUGUGAACUGCUCUAAGGUGUCAUGUGACUCAUGCAUGGGCUUGUAUGCCAAGGAUAUGUGCACACGGAAGAAUCCCCAGCACAUGUUUGUGCCCAACCAUCAGCUCAACUUCAAAUCUGGCACCAUCUCUCACAUGGUGUAUCGAUGAUCCAGGUGUAGGGUUUGCUUCUCUGCUUUUAGUUCCCUGCUUUAAACAGCAACAUAGCCUUGCACUGUUAAGCUCUGUAAGCCCUGCUCCCCUUUUUCACAACUCACUUGUAAUCACACCUUUUAACUGAUGGUGUUUUUGAACUCCACACAGUAUAUUUUCUGUCACUGUUGGUGGGGCCAUAAUUUCUGCCCUGAGUUUGGCCUUUUAUCUACUGUUAUACUUCCUUUUGCCUUGCUACCUGCUCUUGACUAGUCAUGUGAUAUUGUAGCGCAACAUUUUUGUCCUCUAAACGGAAAACUAGAGUUAAAGUUCUUCUCAUUUUAAAUUCCAUGCAGAAUGAUAUAUACUCCUAAGCUAAAAGUUCCUCAGAUAUAAAGAAUAUAUAUAUAUAGUGUGCGUGUGUGUAAGAAAAAAAGAUUUUUUUUGUUUGUUUUUAACUUGAAAAAAUAGCGAGAAAAGACACUGGAAAUUAGUAACCUAAUAGUAUAUAUUUUUAAUCUAUAUUCUGUAGAACAAUGUGAGACUUUUACAUAGAUGUUAAGUCUACCAUUAAGAGUAAGUGGGAAGUACUGUAUCUUAAAAGUGACUCACUGAGACAAUGAUCAGAUGCCAUAUUCUAUUUAUGAAGUCAUGCCUUGUAAAUGAACCCCCCCCAUUGUUUCUGGCUAAUGUUUCAAUGCUGCUGUUGACUUGAGAAGUGAAGAGGUUGACCUCUUUCUAGUAAAUAGCCUGUUUGUGUGUGUGUGUGUGUGUGUGUGUGUGUUUCAGUUCCAUCCAAUCGUUAAAUCCAGUAAUAAUCUCAGAACCUCUGUGGUCCAAGAUGCUGCAUUGCCCCCUCAUCAGAUCAGACGUUCCCUGUUAGUCUCAGGUGGAGUCAAGUGUCUGGGCCACAAAUUAAAUGCAUGCAUUUCUUCAGGCAUACUUAAGAUUCUUUUAAAAGGUGUAAAAUGUGAAAGUGUAUGAUCUGUCAUGCUUUCUGUCUACCUCAAAUAGCUCCAGCGAGUUUGUCUUUGACUACCCCCCUGAAAUGUUGGAACAUUUGUAUUUAUUACAUAUCCAAGGGAGAUAUACAAGAGACAGUCGAAGAGGGAAUAUGGAUAAAACUUACAGAUUUGGUAUCUUAAUAGGUUUUCCUUACCGAUUUAUACGUCAGUCUUGCCUUUAUUCGUUACAGUUCAAACAGUGCAUGUGAACAAACAACACCUGUAAGUGUAAUGCAGUAUAAUAUUGAAGUAAAGGCUUUUGUGAUGCUUCAAUGCCACAUGUGGUUGACAGUUGAAGCAGUACUAUCAUCAUUUUAGGGGUUCAAUGGAUGUGUCCAUUUUAGCUUAGGAAAUUGUGCACUUGAACGUUUCACUACUGACGACAUGUUUAAUUAAAUGUGACUUAUAGAGUUAAAUGCAUGCUUUUCUGACUGUAAUGACUUUGAGGGACUCUUCACACAUACAAACUUGUUCAGCAUAAAAAAUAUUCCUUUUUCCUUCAAAUAUGACCUAACGAACUGAAAUGCUGCCCACUAACACUACAUAUUAACUGUCACUUAAUUGCUGCUGUUCUGCAUUUGGAAAAUGUUACUUGGCAGACAGUGGUAUAAAUACGAUGAAGGAAGAGCUCUUAUUUAAGAGUUUGAGGGGUUUUACAAAGACUUGAGGUGGCGUGGCAGCUUUUACAGUGCUCUGUGGGGAGGCCCACAAAAGGGAUGGCUGCAGUUUGCUGUGCUGCUGCCAGAUGGCAACAUUCACCCAUGUUAAUGUGAAAUAAUAUAGUUGUAGUGUCAAGUACAUCUGCUUGAAAAUGUUAUAACCUGUGGCCAAUGUGACGUCGAUCAGCCUGCAUAACUCUAAGCACAUUUUAGCUUCACAAAAUUUGUUUUUUUAGUAUGUGUCCUCCUGGCUAUCAUUGCAGUGUCAGUAUGUUUAGUAGUGGUGGUGUGACACUUGUGUGUCCCUCUCAGGCCAUUAGUUUGAGCUCAUGCGCACCAGCUUCUGGACAGCCUGGCUGCUGUUAGCAUCAUCAGCAAUGUCAUUGAUGGAUUUGAUUGAUAGACUUCUAAAAUCCUGUGUGUAUCAUAUAUUUAGAGUUAAGUUUUCUCAUUUACAUUUAGCAUUUUAAGUGCUUUAAUGUUGAUCCUCCAUGAGUUCAGUGAAAUAAUGCAGUUUAAAAGUUGUUUAUUUAGAAAGUUGUGCUCUUUUAAGGAAUUAACUCUCACUGCCUUAGAGUCUUUCGUCUCCCGUUUUCAUAAACUAAUUACUGCCUGUUUCUGUACCACAAAUGAAAUGCAAAGAAGUGUGGAUUAAUCACCACACAGUGUUUCAGAGAUGCCUCUUGAUGGCCAUUCUUGGAUCUGAGCAACUUAUACUUUUUUUGUUCACCAAAAGACCAUACUGUUGUUUGGUCUUAAGAUAUGGUGUGAUCAAACCCGCUUGUUUUCAUUCCUUCCCUUUAAGAACUUAGCUUUUUGUUGUCUUUCAUAUUAAAAAAAACAAAACUUUAGAUGUUCUGCUUCUGCUGGACUAAUUGUUGAGAUUUCCUUUUUAAAAAAUCAACUUGAGUCAUCAUCAAAAGGCAACUUUUAUAUCACGGAUGUCUUGAUGUCUAUGGGGUGUGCAAUCAUUUUGUUUUCAUCUGAAGCCUUUUAAAUGCUUUAAAUAUUUAUCAUACCCACACACACAUUUAUAUACAUAAAUGUGUAUGUAUAUAUAUAUAUAUAUAUAUUUGGGCUGUCAAUUGAUUAACCUAUUAAAUCACAAUCACAUUCUGUCCUUAGUGUACCUUAGGUCAUUUUUAAGUCUUUAAUACUCUGAUCAACAUUGGAUUGGACAAUAUGUUGGCAAUUGAAAGGGAUAAAAACUUGUCAGGACACUCGUAUGUCAAGCUACCACUGUAUAAAUAAUAACAAAAUUACCUGCAGUGCUCCAGCACCGUCUACAGCUUCUUCAGUUCCAGCUGCAGUGUGGGCAUAGCGAUGCUGGUUGCAUGCAGCGCCAGUACAUCUGUCAGUGGCUCUUGAUUUCUAUAAACACGCUUGAUCAUCUCCAGGGUGCUGUUCCAUCUCGUCUCAUGUCCUGUCUUACAGGGCUUUGAGGCUAAACUUGCCAUUCAAAAUACCAUUUUCUUUGUCCGUUUCUGAUGUGUUUCCCCAAACUACGGUGUGGGCCAAGGGUCAAACAGGACAAAAACAUAGUGGCGUUAUUGUGUUAACAAUGACAGACCUAACAAAAAAAAAAAAAAAAAUAUAUAUAUAUAUAUAUAUAUACACAUACACAUAUACACACACACA